AUGACCAGUAACAUGAGCAGCUUUGAGCCGCCUGCGAUAGAAGAUGUCUCAUCAUCCUCUGGAACCGUCGUGAUCGGGUCCCGUAGAUCGGAUCUUGCACUCACUCAAUGUCGGUGGAUCAUAUCCAUGCUCAACCAAACUCUCGAUACUCCCACCAACUUCGAGAUCGCCACAGGCAGUGUUGUUGGUGAUGCAGAUAAGCAGACUCCUUUUGCUCUCCUCUCUAAGCAGACCGGUGGAUCAGAUAUUGGAAAAAGCUUGUGGACCAAUGGUCUUGAAUCAAGCCUAGUGGCUGGCAAGGUUCAAUUUCUUGUCCACUGUCUAAAGGAUAUGCCCACAACGCUGCCGCCGAAAUGUCUUCUUGGGGCAAUCCCCGAGCGUGAGGACUGUUCUGAUGCCGUCAUCAUGAGAUCUGACUCUGAUUUCACCUCUAUCGACCAAUUGCCACCUGGCUCUGUAGUCGGAUCCAGUUCUUCAAGGAGAAGAGCCCUAGUUCGGCGAAAUUGGCCUCAUUUAGAGGUUGAAGAAUGUCGGGGGAAUAUAGAUACUCGUCUUGCCAAGCUUGACGCACCUUCCUCGCCGUUUUCAUGUAUUCUCUUGGCGACUGCAGGACUGUCACGUCUAGGACUUGAACAUCGAAUCACGCAACGACUUGAUCCCAAGGUGUUCCCUUAUGCGGUUGGACAGGGCGCACUCGGUGUCGAACUUAGCACAGACCGUCCAGAUAUUCUACAGCUCGUUCAACAUGUCGACCAUAAGCCAUCCAGAUGGCGUGGUAUGGCAGAGAGGGCGAUGCUUCGAACUCUUCAAGGAGGAUGCUCCACUCCAAUUGGCGUUCGCUCCUCUUUUGAGCCUGUGGAAGAAAAGGCAUCUGCAGACAAAGAACAACGGGGCGAUAGCGGCACCCUUCGCCUUCAAGCCACAGUCAUCGAUAUUGAAGGAAAAUCCGAUAUAUAUGCUGAGGAUGUGAGAACUGUCGCGAGCGACGACGAAGCAGAGCAGCUUGGCGUCUCGGUCGCGAAUAUGCUUAUUGAAAAGGGGGCACGAGAUCUAUUGCCAAAACAAUCGUGA